AUGAGAAAGAAGCAAAGACUGAGAGUCAGUGGUUAUGGCUAUAUGUCCCCUGAGUAUGCCUUUGAUGGGAAAUUCUCUGUGAAAUCCGAUGUCUUUAGCUUUGGCGUGCUUUUGGUAGAGAUUGUAAGUGGCAAAAGAAAUAGAGGAUUCUGCCACCCAAAUCAUCACCAUAACCUUCUCGGACAUGCAUGGUUGCUUUGGAGUGAAGACAGAGCCAUGGAACUCGUUGAUGGGUGCUUGUAUGAUUCGGUGGAACCUCAGGUACAAAGAUGCAUCCAUAUCGGCUUGUUAUGCGUGCAGAAGUUCCCCAACGAUAGACCGGCGAUGUCCUUUGUAGUCGCCAUGUUAGGAAAUGAAAGUGCAAGCUUGCCUCGACCUAAACAGCCUGGUUUCUUUAUGGAAAGAAGUUCAAUGGACUUAAGCGCAACCCUUAAGCAUGAAGAACUCCACACUGUUACUGCAGUCACGGUGACAAUGUUGGAUGGUCGGUAG